GCGAGGAGGGAGGUGCCUGCACCCGCCGCCAUGGGCGAAGCGGAGAAGUUCUGCUAUGUGUACAGCUGCGACCUGGACAUUAAUGUGCAGCUCAAGAUCGGGAGCUUGGAAGGGAAAAGAGAGCAGAAGAGCUACAAGGCAGUGCUGGAAAAUCCCAUGCUGCGGUUCUCAGGACUCUACCAGGAAACCUGCUCCGACUUGUAUGUCACCUGCCAGGUGUUCGCAGAAGGAAAACCCCUUGCCCUUCCUGUUCGGACGUCCUACAAAGCGUUCAGCACCCGGUGGAACUGGAAUGAGUGGUUAAAACUGCCGGUCAAAUAUCCGGACUUGCCACGGAAUGCCCAGGUGGCCUUGACAAUCUGGGACAUUUAUGGACCUGGCAAAGCAGUGCCCGUUGGGGGAACGACGGUCUCACUCUUUGGGAAAUACGGGAUGUUUCGCCAAGGGAUGCAUGAUCUGAAAGUCUGGCCCAACAUGGAGGCAGACGGCUCGGAGCCCACCAAAACGCCUGGCAGGACUAGCAGCACCGUUUCGGAAGAUCAGAUGAGCCGACUAGCCAAGCUCACCAAGUCUCACCGGCAGGGUCACAUGGUCAAAGUGGACUGGCUGGACAGGCUGACCUUUCGAGAAAUCGAGAUGAUCAAUGAGAGUGAGAAGCGGAGUUCUAAUUUUAUGUACCUGAUGAUUGAAUUCCGCUGUGCAAAAUGCGAUGACAAAGAAUACGGGAUUGUAUAUUACGAAAAGGACGGCGAUGAGUCAUCUCCAAUUUUAACGAGCUCUGAGAUCGUUAAAGUUCCUGAUCCCCAAAUGUCCAUGGAAAACUUAGUGGAAAGCAAGCAUCACAAGCUUGCAAGGAGCUUGAGAAGUGGACCUUCGGAUCAUGAUCUCAAGCCCAAUGCAGCCACCCGAGACCAGCUUAACAUUAUAGUGAGCUAUCCACCAACGAAGCAACUAACCUACGAAGAGCAGGAUCUGGUGUGGAAAUUCCGAUACUACCUUACUCAUCAAGAAAAGGCGCUGACGAAAUUCCUGAAAUGCGUGAACUGGCACCUCCCUCAGGAGGCGAAGCAGGCCCUGGAGCUGCUGGGAAGAUGGAAGCCGAUGGACGUGGAAGACUCCCUGGAGCUGCUCUCCUCGCACUUCACCAACCAGACCGUGCGGCGCUACGCGGUGGCCAGAUUGCAGCAGGCCGACGAUGAGGAUCUCCUGAUGUACCUGCUGCAGCUUGUCCAGGCCCUGAAAUACGAGAACUUUGAAGACAUCAAGAAUGGGCUUGAGCCAACCAAGAAGGACAGUCAAGCUGCCAUGUCAGAAAGCCUGGUCGCCUCGGGAAUGAAUGCUGCAGAGAUAGAAAGCUCACAGAUCAUCACGAGCCCACUCCCCCUCGUGUCUUCGCCACCUUCUACAGCGAAAGCAAAGGAGUCUGCGGACGGCGAAAAUCUCGAGCAAGACCUUUGCACGUUCUUGAUAUCGCGAGCAUGCAAGAAUUCCACGCUGGCUAACUACUUAUACUGGUAUGUCAUUGUGGAAUGUGAAGACCAAGACACUCAGCAGAGAGACCCCAGGACACACGAAAUGUAUCUGAAUGUCAUGCGAAGGUUUAGUCAAGCUCUGCUAAAGGGAGAUAAGUCUGUCCGGGUCAUGCGGUCCUUGCUGGCUGCACAGCAGACGUUUGUAGAUCGCCUCGUCCAUCUCAUGAAGGCGGUGCAGCGCGAAAGUGGGAAUCGAAAGAAAAAAAAUGAGAGGCUGCAGGCACUUCUUGCAGAGAACGAAAAGAUGAACUUGUCGGAUUUUGAGCCCAUUCCGCUGCCUUUGGAGCCUCAGGUGAAAAUUCGAGGAAUAAUCCCAGAGAAAGCAACACUGUUCAAGAGUGCCCUAAUGCCAGCCCAGUUAUUCUUCAAGACCGAAGAUGGAGACAAGUACCCGGUAAUAUUUAAACAUGGGGAUGAUUUGCGACAAGAUCAACUAAUUCUGCAGAUAAUUUCACUCAUGGACAAGCUCUUACGAAAGGAGAACCUGGAUUUGAAACUGACUCCUUAUAAGGUCUUGGCUACUAGUACAAAACAUGGCUUCAUGCAGUUCAUUCAGUCAGUGCCAGUGGCAGAAGUUCUUGCUACGGAAGAAAGCAUUCAGAACUUCUUCCGAAAACACGCAGCGAGCGAAACGGGACCCCAUGGAAUUAGCGCGGAAGUGAUGGACACCUACGUCAAGAGCUGCGCUGGAUAUUGUGUGAUAACAUAUAUCCUUGGAGUUGGAGACCGGCAUCUGGAUAACCUUUUGCUAACCAAAACAGGCAAGCUCUUCCACAUCGAUUUUGGCUACAUUUUGGGCCGUGAUCCAAAGCCCCUUCCCCCACCGAUGAAGCUGAACAAAGAGAUGGUGGAAGGCAUGGGAGGAACGCAAAGCGAGCAGUACCAGGAGUUCCGCAAGCAGUGCUACACGGCUUUCCUUCAUCUCCGCAGGUAUUCCAACUUGAUUUUGAACUUGUUCUCCCUCAUGGUGGAUGCCAAUAUUCCAGACAUUGCUCUUGAACCAGACAAGACCGUAAAAAAGCCGCAGUUCUCUCAGCACUCAGCAUCCGAUUUGUUCUCAGAGGGAGAAAUACAUAAAGCACUCCAGAGAGAAGCACGCAGCAGGCAGACAUUUGGACGGGAAACGAGGCGAGGCCUGUAUAAAUUCAGACAUUUUCUCUGCGGAAUUGUCUUCCCCUCUGGUGGGGUUAGGCAGGAUCCCCAGGGACUGCCUAGCAGGAAUGGAAUUCUAUAAUCAGCAUUCGAAACCAAACUUGGAACUAAAUUGUCAAGAGGACUCUUCUGCCAAUAGCUGUGAAACAUGGUGGAACAGGGGACAGGAAACUUUGAGGUCCCUGAAAUCGCCGUUCGUGUGGCUUGCCUUGUGCAGUACAAUCCGUUAAGAUUUCCACCCAUUUGCUGUGCUUGACGGCAGAAGGAGAAGGAGAAACAGAGGCAGGCUUCCCUCUGCAGAUGCAGAAGGCUUAUAAAUCCGUUGUUUUGUAAAAAGGAUGAAAGCGCACAUGCUUUAUGCAGAGGCUAUGAUUUGCAGGUACGCACACCUGGCACGACAAAGCUUCGUAUAGAUGCUGAUCCGGCACUUAGUUCAGAACCAGAUGAAGAGUUGGGGAGGAGUGUUGGGUAGGUUCUUUUAAGUGAAAGAGGAAACAAGAGCAGGUGACCUCAAAGACAUUCGAUGAACAUCUGGGAAGCUUUUUAGAGAUAGGAAGUCCUGCCUUAUCAUGGGAAGAAUGUUAAUAAAUACUGGUUCAUACAUACAGAGAGAGAGAGAGACUUUUUUACUUUGCUUCUGUCUUCUGGCACUUUCUUGCAAUAGGCACAUGUCACUGGGGAAUGAAUUCUGGAGGAUAAUUGUGGAACAGGGCAUUAUUAUUAUUAUUAAUAUUAAUUUCAGGCAGUGCUUGCUCUAGAAGAGGGUGCAGAUGCAAGUUUUCAUACUUCACCUUCCUAUUUUUGCUUAGUUCAUGUGCCCCCUCCCCUUUCAGUACAGAAUUCCGUCAUCUUUUGACUGUUUCAGCCUGUUGGAGAAGAAAAGCAAGAUCAGAGUUUGCAGAACGAUGCUUUCUUUCUAACACCACCCUGGGUGCAAGUUCUUUUGUCUGUAGUGGUUUUAGAUCUCUGUCUCAGAGCUGAGCUGCCUCAUCCUUCGGCGUGUGUCUUUCAUGGCAAACAUGACCUUUAAAUGAGAAAGCUUUCGGGACCAAGGAGUCAUCGCCCAGACUAAAGAAGCUCAGCAGGUGCUUGGACUGCUGAAGCUCCCACCUCUAAGCAUUUCUGGCCCUACAGCAGGGGCUGCUGUUGCAUCGUUUUUUACCAAAUUUGUACAAUGGUCUGGAGCAGCGAUGUUGCUAAGGCUCUCUAUUUAUUUUCUUCCACAACCCAGCAGUGUCUGUCAAACGUCGCCCGGUUUUAGCUAUUAGAAUUGCCCUUCUCUUAGAAGCAAGGCAACAACAGGUUCAAGCAGUCCCCAAAGGAAGCGAGAACUUACUCUGCAGGGAUAUAAUGGGGCUUAGCAUUUGCAAAUCAUUUUGCAUGUAGAAAUCCCCGUGCUGAAGUGUAACUAGUCCCUCUUGCACUGUUUUUUUAAAUGAAUUGAUUUAAUGAUGGGCUGGGCAGGAAAAAGAGGAAACAGCAAAGAGGCAAUUGAGUUCUAUCUCCUCUCAUUCCUUACCACCUCAGAGAUGGACUUCUCUAAAGGUAACAGGAGAGAGACCUACCCCUUCUGUAAAAUGGAAAGCGACUGGAUCAUGACGUAUGGCCUCUCAAUCCUGUUUUCUGGUCUGUGGUAGUACACUAGAUCUUAGAAACUGAAACUUCCAUUCUUCCUAGUCUGUAUUUUAUGCCCAGCCCAAAAUUCCAGUUGGCUAGAAACUCUUGUAUUUCAGUUUCAAUGUUUCUGAUCCCAGGUGUCAUAAAUGGGAAAUUCCAAAAAUUGGAGAUGUUGUGCCCAAAGUUGCCUUUAUUUUGGUGGUUGAAACCUACUCAUAUUUACAUAGUAAUUUAUUUAGUACUGAAGUCAUAGCUGCAAAAACCUUCUAUCUUGCUUCUAUUCCCGUCUCUCUCUUCCUGCAUGUAUAUGUGUUCCUAUUUCUGAUGAUUCAGCCACACACCCAAAAACCUAAACCACAAGGCCAUCAGUGUGUAGAAAUGUGUAGGAUUGUAGACUGGGAUGGAUCCAAGGUAGAAUGAGAUCUGUUGGUGGAUUUGGGGGUGAUUUGCACUAGAUUGGCAAGGGUUCCAGACUCCCCAUUGUUCACAAAUACAAUACGACUCAGUCCAUGCCAGGUUGGCCAGUACAAUGCUGGUUCCUGCCCUGAGAACCCCUGAAUUCUAAAACUUCUGCUUAAACGUCCAGAGGAGUGUUGCCCCCACCUACGUCCUCAUGAGUGCCGGGCCUGCCUCCUCAGUUCCUGACCCCCCGUGUUGAAGGGGAGUUCUGCUAAAGAUUGCUGGAAAGCAAGGAAAGUAUGUCUUGCUUUUCCCUCCAGGCUGUGGGGACCUUUGGGCAACACACCCCCGGUAGGCCCCCACUGCCGUAGUCACCUGGCACCCUCGUUUAUCCUCUUCCUCACCCCGGCUUCCCGCUGGAUGGGCACACAGCCAGUGGCUUCUCCACCACCUCCGUUCCCUUGUCCAGAGUGAGCAGCUGAUGAAGAAGCAGGUUCCACUGGCAAAGAGAAGCAGCAACUCCAGGGGUCUUCUUGGGAUAGGCCCCUGCCUUGACUCAGGCGCUGGGAAGGAUCG